AUGUCCGACUUGACUAGAGCUCGAGUCGUAUGUUUUCCGACGCCGAAGGCGCCCGCAUAUGACUUACUAGCGAAAUAUAACAACGUCGAUGCGUUUCUGCUGCGCAAGUGGGAGAGAAUCUUCUCCGUGUUCUUCGAUCGCAAUUCGUCUCAACAAGUGGAUUGGGGAGACUUUUACUUGGUGGUUCGGAAAGUCAAAGAAGUAUAUGGAGCUGAAUCGGAGCAGAUCAGAUUUGCUCAGAAGACUUUGGCGGCUCUUUGGGAGGGGCUGUGCAGUCUGGCGGAUGUAAAUGAGGACCAACUGAUUUCGAUAGACGAAUGGGUUAAUUUGCUGAAAAAUGCAGAUCUAAAGAAUGAGAAAGAGUGGUUCAAUGAUUACAAGCGCUUCAUGUUUCAACUCUUUGAUGUGUCUUGUGAUGGAGUCAUUGACAUUGAAGAGUAUGUUGACGGAAUGAGUGUCUAUGGACUCAACAGCCAAGUAUCCAGAGAGGCGUUCAAGAAAUUUUCCGCUGACCAAAAAGGUGCUUCUAAGUCGGUGAUUACGCAGGAGAUGUGGUCAAAAUAUUUCGAUGAACUCUUCUAUUCCACAGAUAGGAAUGUACUGGGAAAUCACCUGUUUGGCAUCGGUGACUUUUGA